AUGCUCUCCUCUUGGUGGAUUACUCAAUUGGCACUUCUCAUCAGCCCAACCACAUCGCUUGCACGAGAUAUCAUCUUUCCCUCGAUCGACCCACUACAAGUUAAUCUUGCCAGUCCACGACACCCAAGUGAGGAUGAUCUGUCCGAGGCCACGAUCUACGCAGGUCUAACAACCUUCGCAAAUCUACCCUGGCGCCACUGUCUGUCAUCCGAGGAUCAUAUCGAACAAUAUGAUAUCGCGUUUUUGGGAGCUCCAUUCGACACGGCCACAACUGGACGACCGGGAACUCGGUUUGGGCCAACUGGUAUCAGACUCGGUUCUCGACGUAUCAGUCCGUUCGCCUCCUGGAGCCCCUAUGCCAAGGACAGUAGCUUUUUCGACUGGGCUCGGAUCGUGGACUGUGGUGAUGCACCCCUGACCUUUUUGGAUAACACCGUAGCCUUGCGUCAGCUCCUGAAGGCACACCAAGCGAUUUCCGGCCGAACAGCAAACGCAUCGCAUGUUGCCAGUGUGCCUCGCGUAAUUACCCUUGGGGGUGAUCACACCACAACGCUAGCGGCUCUUAGGUCCACCAUCGAUCACUGGGGACCUGUGAGUGUCAUACAUUUCGACUCUCAUAUUGAUACUUGGGACCCGAAAAUCCUUGGUGGAGGGAUAUCUCACUAUGCAGGCUUGAAUCAUGGCACCUUUCUUCACAUUGCGCAUGAAGAAGGGCUGAUCCUCAACACAUCAGCCCAUGCCGGGAUACGUGCCCCCGUGAUGAAUAAGAAACAUGACUGGAGGAACGACAGACGUUGUGGAUUUGAGAUUACUACUGCGAGAGAGAUCGACAAAAUCGGCGUGGCAGGAAUCAUCGAGAAGUUGAAGGCACGGGUUGGAGACAGCAACGUCUACAUUACUGUCGACAUUGAUGUGCUCGACCCAGCAUAUGCACCCGGCACGGGCACAGCUGAAGUUGGUGGGUGGACGACCAGAGAACUCCUCAGUAUCCUUGAUGGCCUGGAAGGUCUGAAAGUCAUUGGAGCGGAUGUGGUUGAGGUUUCUCCUGCCUACGACAACGCAGGAGAGACUACAGUCCUUGCCGCAGCGGAAGUCGCUCUCUCUUUGAUGGGACUGAUGGUCCAUACUCCUGUGAAGCCUCUCAAACAAACCGACGAUGUAUAG